ACCAGUAUUAGCCGAGCCUUUUUUCUGAAUACAUAUACUGUACCGUAAUGAACAUUCAACUUAAUUGUUUAAAUGUUACUUAACACCUUAUUUACACUUACUUGAAAAAUUCUGUUUGUUGGAUUUAUCUAUCCGCUAUUUGAAUUGUGAAGUUGCAGGUAUGUCUAGUGAAAGUAAUUUUGGAGGUCGACCUUCAGCAACGACUGUUAGUACAGUAGCUGUCCAAAUAGGAGACUCAAGAAUUGUUGUAGCUAUACUAAAGUCUGGGAUGUGUGUGGAACUUCAGCUUGUUGAAUCAAAACCAAAUCUACUCGAGAUUGGCAGUAAUCUGGAUGAAACCAAGAAACUACUGAAUGAACAUGAGAUCCUUCUCGUUAAACUGAAGGCACAUGAAGAAGGUGUCAAAGAUUUGCUGCAUGAAGCUGACAAAACAGCGGAGGCCCAUAUAGACCAGAGUCAAUUGUACGAUGAGAUGGGAAAGUCUCUGGGAGAGAACUGGAAAACACUCAACCAACUGCUUGAAAGUCGCAAGAAACUUUUAAAAAUGGCCUCUGAGUUCUUUGAUCAAGCUCUGGAGUUUGCUAUAAAAAUUGAUGAAGCUGAAGACUUUCUGAACAGUGCUCAGAUACUUGAUGACCUGGAAUCUUUGAAGCAACUUCUGUACGAUCACCAACAGCUUAAGAAAGUUCUUUUAACAAACUCAAUGGAUCUUCUUAACAAAAGUCAAGAACUCAUCACCAUUAUCAAAGAGUUUAAGGCGCCUGGAUCUAAAAUAAAUUCUGAAUUAAUUUACGGUGCUCAUAGCAGCUGCAUGAAAAUUGAGAGUCUAUUGGAAAUGCUACAGGACAGGAGGAGACAGGUGGAGGAACAAUCCCAUCACCAGCGGUGCGGUCUGGAACAAAUUCUGCAACUAUAUCAGUGGGAGCAGCAGGUAGAUGAGGUGAUGCAGUGGUUUCAGCACUAUGGUGAGACAUAUUUACAGAAUGAACAACUGGGCUCAUCCCUGACUGAAAAUGAACAGCUGCAGCAAGAACACCGAGAGCUUGAGUGUAAAGCAAAGGAAUUUACCUCACUGGUUGAAAGAUUAAAAGGUGAGGCUGACGAGAUAUUGCUUAAUGAAGAAAUCACAGAAAAGGAACAGAUGGCACUUCAAAAUCAGAAAAUGCAACUGAUGUGUGAGGAGUUUUGGCUCCUCAUGAAGGAUCGAGAUGUGUUGCUUCAAGAGGCAUAUGACUUUUUUAGAAGUGCAAAUAAGGGAUUUGAUGCACUGGGAGGCAUAGAGAAUAAGUUGAAGCAACUUAAUAUGAAGACACUUAGUUUGCCAGAACUCUCUAAAGAACAUAAGACUCUGUGCCUUGCAAUCGAGGAUGCAACUUCAGAUGCUCUACUGAAGGGGGAAAUGCUCCUGAAUAAAGCUGACUCUCAGAGUUUCAGACCCUUUGGAAUUUUGGAGAUGAUUGGCUACAUUCAACAGAGAGCAGAUCAGCUGACUGGACAAUGCUUUGCUGAUAAGGAAUUAACUUCAAAGAAACAACAACUGAUUGCUUCAUUUGAUGAUCAUUUUGAAAAGGUCUUAGGGUAUCUUCAGGCAUGCAGAUCUCAACUUUCCAGUAAGUUAGAGCCAGGUUCCUGUCUCUCUGAAACCAAAGAUGUUCUGAACAAAUAUCUGGAACUGUCUGAUCAAGCAAAGGUGAUAGCAAGUGAAUUAAGACAUAUUGAAGACAUCAUUAAACAGGCAGAAACAUUUGAAGUCUCUGAAGUAAUAUCUUUUUCUGAAAAGUUUAUUACUCUGAAUGCAGAAUGGAAAGGACUGUGUUGGAACUUGAAUGCACGAAUUGAUCACUUGCAAUAUUACAUGAACUUUCUGAAACAAGCUGAAGAGGUUGAAGCGUCUAUGAGAAGCUUCGAGGACUGUUACCAAUCUCUGACAAUAAAAGACAGCGAAGAAACUGCUAGGUCAGUGUUGGAGCUUGCUGAUUCCAAAUGGCAAUUAGUCCUUAAGAACUUUCUUGUUCUCCAAGAUCUGGCAUUCAACUUCAAGAGUACAGUAAAUAUGAAAGAUGAUAGUUUGGAUUUAAACUUGAAAAAGUCAGAAAAUGUACUUGAAAGUACCAUUGAUCGGUUAGAUAAAAGAAAAUUGAAUCUCACAGAACAGUGGACAAGUUGUCAGCUUCAGUUAAACCAAAUUAGAUCAGUCAAAAAACAGUGGAAGAAAUUCAAAGAAGAGCUUAAAAAGACAAUUCAUGGUUUAAAGAUGCUGGAAGAUGACCUUGUUCCAAAGUCUAAUUUUGAGCUUGGUUGCAAUCUUGAAGCUAUUGUGAAAUUGCAAGAUAAGUUCAAUAAAGCUAAACCCCAGUUACAACAAUUGAAUGCUGAGGUGGAAUACAGAAUAAAAACAGCAGAGAUUUGGACAUUGAAAGGCGUUUCUACAAAGGAAAGAAAUGAAAAAAUGAUGGAUUUCAUUAAGGUUCAUCAGCAAGUAAAGAAUAAAAUAAAAGAUUAUGAAAUUCUCCUCCUUAUGGCGAUUAAAUUUCAUCAUACAACUCAAGAGCUCCAGGAUAUGAUGGAGUCAGGAGAGCUAGAAUAUCCUGAAAUAUUGACAAUCCCAGACAACAGCAGUCAGGCUAAGAUCCAACUCAGACUACAUCAAGAAAAUCAAGCACAUGUGUGUCAUUUGUAUAACUUGUCCGUCACAUUAGCAAUGGACAUCAUCUCUAUUACACAGCAUUCUAAAUUCAUCCAGGCUUCAGUGGUCUCUCUUCAGCAACAGCUUGAAGAUUUAGAAAGUGGCAGUGCCCUGUGGAGUACAAAGGCACACCAACAAGCAGAAGAACUGGAAGCAAACUUACACUACUGUACCACAAGGGAAGAAAUAAGUGAGUUAAGAGAAUCCUAUAAAGACCUCAAGAGGAAGUUUAACAACUUGAAAUUCAAUCAUCUGAAAAAAAAAGAAAAAUUUUGCAAUCUGAAGGUCUCCAGGACUCAAGUCCAGCAAGUUGAAAUGUACAUUGAAAGAAUUAAGAACUUCAAAAAGAAAAUGCUUCAGUGUGCGACAAAAGUCAAUAAAGCUCUUGAAAUAUGCACGAACAAAGCAGAAGUAAAUUCACUUGAAGAAUCCCUGAAUGAAUUACAGAGGGAUUUUAAUGAACUUAACAAGACAGUGGAGGAAUACAAACAAAACAUGGACAUGACUGUACAUUUACAAAAGGCAAUGGAAGAGAGUCAGUUCUGGUGUGAAGACACGAGUGGUACAGUAUUUAGAGUUGGAAAGUAUUCUUCCGAGUGCAAGACGAAGGAAGCAGUGGCAAUUCUCUACAAGCAGUUUGAGAAGUUUGUAUGGCCUACUGUACCACAACAGGAGGAGAGGAUCCAACAAAUCACAGAUAUGGCAAAACGGCUAUAUGGUCCCGAAGAAGCAAAGAACAUUGUGAAGCAAAUGGUGACAAAACAUAACGAAAUCCUUGAAUCAAUAAAGGAAUUGCGCAAUGGGUUAAGAGAUCUUGAAUCAAAACUUCACAAUGUGACGGAUUCCAGUGGUUUCACCCAAUCAUCACCUGUGGAUCCAGACUUGCAAAUGACAUCUCAAACAAUGGAGAACCAUGAGCAAGAAGAGCUGAUCAAGGCUUCACCAAAGUCCAGUGUGGAUUUAGCUCAAGUGGUAAAAGAGAGCAAAGCACUAAAGUUAGCUUCUGAACAUGCCUCAGAUGACAGUCACGUUCUGGGAUUACCCACAGAAGAUGUCCAGAGAGUAACAGAUAAAAUGAAGAUCUCUGGUGAAGGAGGCAUAAAUACUCAGUGCUAUGUUACCAUUUUAAACCAUCCAUUUAGAAUGAAACUACCUCAAACCAAAUCAGGUUUCCCAACAAAAUAUUUCACUGAAACUGAAAGAAGAAUUUUCACUCUUCAUCUUGCAGAAAACACACAAGAACACACAAAACUUUCCAUGGAAGAUAUUGGAAACGACUCCAAAGUUUCCAAGUCUAAUUCUUCCAAAGAGUGUCAAGCAGAAGAAUUUGAAAACGGUGGAAAAUUGUAUAGUCAGUCCAAUCAGGAAUGCCAGUUUUCAUACAGACAUGAACCUUUAAAGGUUAAAUCGGAUGGAUUUGUGAGCUAUGAAAUUACAGAUUCAGUUGCAGAAGAUCCAAAUCAACAGGAAGCUAUUGAGUUACAUCAUCUCUCCACUGAAGGCAGCACAGUGACUGAGGAAGAUCUACAGAAUCAACUUUUUGCAGAUGAAAAUCUGUCAGUAGAAGAAUAUGAAUGUAUGUCACCUGACGACAUCUCCUUACCUCCGCUUCCUGAUACUCCUGAAUCAACUCUCCUCCAUUCUGAAACAGAAGUGGACAAAGCUUCCAGACUAAGUUUUCACAGUCUGCAUGCUGGGUUGUGCAGUGGCCAGCCACAGAAGCAAAUAAGCUGGAACAGAGUGACGGACACAUUUGAAAACCUAGAACCUUUGACCCCUGUUGAUAAAAUAAGUCAUCCAGGGCCAUAUAGUGAAUUGGAAUGCCAUCACGUAUCUGAUCCAGAUCCCAGCGUUAAACCCUGCACUACAUACAGAUCUGAGUCUUCCUCCUUUAUUCACAACCCACUGACAAUUCCUGCCCCCAGUGUUGUUUCAAACACACUUUCACAUAUCUUAAAAUCCCAAAUAGUGACCAAUUCAUCAGUCUGCGAUUCUACCUGUGAAGUGCAUGAGAGACAAUUGCAGACAUAUGAUAUGCAUGAGGGUCUAACAAACCCGGAGUCACUGCAUGAUUCUAACAGUGAAUGUUUUAGAAAAGAAAUGAGCUCUAAUAAAAGUGAUUUGUAUAUUUCACCUGGAUCACUAACAGUACCCCACAAUGUACAAAAUAUAGUACAUGAUACAGAUCACCGCAAGGAUACUAUCAUCCACAAGGAAAUCAAACCUACAUCAAGAAACUUGUGCAACCUGGCUUGCACUAAUCCCACCUUCUCCAAGAUGCUGUCCAAUGUCAGUGUGGUAGAAGGUUCUCCUAUGACCUUGGAAAUCGAAGUAACAGGACUCCCAGAACCAACAUUAACAUGGUACAAGAAUGGACAGAAGCUAACAACAGAUCAGCAUCUAAAAAUUUCACAAAAGGAAGGCAAACACAUUCUUUACAUUGAGAAGGUGUCAAAUAAAGAUGCUGGUACUUAUGUUGCACAAGCUAAAAAUUCUUGUGGCGCUAUCAGUUCCAGUGCUGUUCUUCAAGUUCAAGGUAACUGCCAUCUGAGAUGUUUCCACAUUGACUUCAUAGAUUGGUUCACCUGCCUUGGAGUGAUGUGUUUAAUCUACGCUAGUUUGAUUCUUAUUUAUAUUCUAUUAACCUCACGACUGUAAGUGUAUAUCACUGUACCUGUCACUUGGGAGCCUAUCACUGUGUCCUAAAUUACCUGCACUCAUCACAAGCAAUAUCAUUGAUAUCUUCUAUAAUUUUAUUAAUGUAUUAUUGUUGCUGUUAUGUUUACAAUUGCUUAUUUAGUUGAUUUACAGAAAAUACUAAUAUUUUAGUACUUUUGCUGUAAAGCAUAUCUUCAGUAAUUCAACACGAACUAGAUGGUUUCUUGUAUUCAAUAACACCAGUAAGAAUGUAACAUUGACUGCCCAAUUGUAAUCAUGUACGAAAACAUGUACUACAGAUUGAAAAGGGAUGAUAACUUUAAUUACCUUUUCCAUUAUUUGUUUAAACAGCCUUACCCUUUACAUAGAAAUAUUUUAGAAAAUUAUGAAGGUGACUUUUACUUCUUAGCUCUUACGACUUUUGAAAUAAAGGCAUUGUCAAACCAUGAUAGAAAUGUAACAUGUUUUUAAAUUGUAAGCACAUGAUAUUGACUCAUUAAUAUUUAAGACGUGUUUAUCUGCACAUUUAUACAGAGUUAAUUGCUUCUCUCAAAGAUUCUGAUGGUCAGAUUUUGGUCACAUUUCCCAAGAGUGGAAAUAACAUUAGAGGUAAAAUCACUCAGAAGUACCUCCGGAGUAAAAUCAUAUGAUGUCACAACCUUUUCCGUGCAGUCCAGUUCAAAAUAACACAAAGAAGUCAAUCAGAGAACAUCAUGUAAAAUUUUGAAUCUUACAGAUUGAGUGGAUAGGGGAAAUAGUAAUCAAAAAUGUUGAAUUUAAAUGCUAUGGUUAAAAAGUGUUUUAUUUUAUCAUGGUUAAUAUAACCACAUGCAAAGAGAUGUUAUGCACAACUUUAAUUAUUUUGACAUUUUCUUUAGUAUGAAGCACCUCCAGGAGCAAAUUUUCUAAAAUAAUUUUAUAAUUUGGAAACAUUAAUACUGCCAUAUCAUUAAAAUGCAUUUUGCCUGAAGCACAUUUCGCUAGCAGAAUCCUGUUUAGUUAUACCACCCAGUAUCCCAUUUGAUGCCUAGGUGGCAAAAUGGAUGAUCUAUGGUGCUGGUCAUUCUUGAGUCAACUAUAUAGGACAUUGUGUAUUUUACAUUUCUACAGUUCAUUUUCAGUUUUACUCUCAGAACUCAAAGUCAACUGCAGAAAUGUAACCUGGACAUCAUUCUAUAUAGUUGGGUUAAUUACUUCCAUAUUUUCCAUAAUAAACAAGAGUCUAAUUAUUCAUAUUUGAAAUGUACUUUCAGAUUAAAUGGUGGUUGUCCUCACUUAGUUUAGCUCAUAUUUGCAUGAUUUUUAAGCCUGAUUCUGAGCUGCCAGUUCCCUCUUAUUCAUUCUUGAAACUAGCUUGAAAAUAAAUUAACAAUUUAAUUGCAUCCCAAAGCAUACCUUCUUUUCACUGUAAUAUGAUAUGUUGGAACUGCAGUAUGCUGGAACUAGACUUUGAAUGAUAGCAAAGAAAAUAGAAACAUAGAAACAUAGAAAAUAGGUGCAGGAGUAGGCCAUUCGGCCCUUCGAGCCUGCACCGCCAUUUAUUAUGAUCAUGGCUGAUCAUCCAACUCAGAACCCAGCCUUCCCUCCAUACCCCCUGACCCCUGUAGCCACAAGGGCCAUAUCUAACUCCCUCUUAAACAUAGCCAAUGAACUGGCCUCAACAGUUUGCUGUGGCAGAGAAUUCCACAGAUUCACCACCCUCUGUGUGAAGAAGUUUUUCCUAAUCUCGGUCCUAAAAGGCUUCCCCUCUAUCCUCAAACUGUGACCCCUCGUUCUGGACCUCCCCAACAUCGGGAACAAUCUUCCAGCAUCUAGCCUGUCCAAUCCCUUUAGGAUCUUAUACGUUUCAAUCAGAUCCCCCCUCAAUCUUCUAAAUUCCAACGAGUACAAGCCCAGUUCAUCCAGUCUUUCUUCAUAUGAAAGACCUGCCAUCCCAGGAAUCAAUCUGGUGAACCUUCUUUGUACUCCCUCUAUGGCAAAGAUGUCUUUCCUCAGAUUAGGGGACCAAAACUGCACACAAUACUCCAGGUGUGGUCUCACCAAGGCCUUGUACAACUGCAGUAGUACCUCCCUGCUCCUGUACUCGAAUCCUCUCGCUAUAAAUGCCAGCAUACCGUUCGCCUUUUUCACCGCCUGCUGUACCUGCAUGCCCACUUUCAAUGACUGGUGUAUAAUGACACCCAGGUCCUGUUGCACCUCCCCUUUUCCUAAUCGGCCACCAUUCAGAUAAUAAUCUGUUUUCCUAUUUUUGCCACCAUUUUAUAGUAUUGUUCAUAUCUUGUAGAAUUACAUAAAACAGUGCAAAAUUGACAAUGGUUUGUUGAAUAUGGCAGUUUAAAUCUAAGUUACAGUAUGUUGUGAGAAAUGUAGUUGGUAACUCUAAAUGUAUCAAAUAUAUCAGAGUAAGUGAAAUAAUAUGCCAUAUGGAGAUUUUCUUUUCAGUUUAAAGAUUGGUGGCAUCAAAAAGCCGUUAGAUGAUAUUUUUAUACGCCAAAGUAAAAUGUUUUCAGUUGCGGAAACAGAAAAAAGAUCACAUAAACGCAAUCACAUCAAGACUAUCACAUCAAAUGCAGCAUUUCAGAGCUACCAUGAUAAAACAUUGGCUCGUGUACUUAAGUGAUCGUGGAAGAUAUUGAGGAAUAUAAGACUGAAAAUUUUACGUUGAAAAAUAAUAAUUUGUCUCUGUGAAUUAUCAUGAUAUUGCUGUGAUUAAUGUAUUUGUCUUUCAUAGAUGUGUUUUUGUUCCUCCUACCCGCUUCACUGUGUUGAAACAAAGACUCCGUAUAAAAAGCAAGCAUCAGUUCCUUCCUCCACAGUAUAUUCCAUAAAUUUUUUAAAAAACUUUAUUUUCCUCAUUUGUUUUUUCCUUCUUUUCCAUUUUAAUUUGGAAAACAAGACUCAAAGUUGCCAUAAUACAUCUCAACCUUGUCAAUGUCUUGCACUGCAGGGUUCAACUUUAAUAUUUGAACCACAACAAUGAGAAACUACAAUAGAAAGGCCACAGAGAGAAAAUAUAAUCACCACACCCAGUUGCAAGGAUAGGAAUACUCACUUGAGUUACUUUCCAUUAUUCACUUAUGUCACACAAUAGCAAACUAGCUCCCUUUGCUUCUACGAAAAUAUGACAAUUAUCGCCUCAUUAAAUGCUGGUAUUCAAUGGGUUUUCCUCUAAAGUUGUAACUUCCAAAAUUAAUAGUCAUUUCACAGCUGCCUAUUUAAUACAAUAAUUCCAAAAUGGAGAUGGACAUCUUUUCUAACAUGGCUCUUUCCAUCUUGAUCUAUAACCUAUUCUUAUUCUGGAAAAAAAAACAAUAAAUUUCAAUAUUUUGAAUGAUAGCAUCAUAUAAGUUUCUACUUGAAACUUUGCUCAACUGCACAGACUUGAGAGAUGAUAGAGAAAAGGUCCACAUGAAUUACCUCUCCUAACUCUUGGUUGAAAUAAAAACAUUGUAAAAGAUGUAGUCAUUAAUGGUUGUUAUUUCAUUACACAUCUAUUGACUUUUGAAGAUUGUAACUUCCUUGUGCGGGAGAAAUUUAUCUGAACCUGUAAACUUAAGGAGAAAAUGGAAUGCAGAUUUGAAAUUUUAUGUGAUGUAUUGUGUGAGACUACUGUUCAAUGAGCAAAGCAAUUAAACCCUCAUAACAUUGUAGCAAAUAGCAAAAAUGGUAUUUCAAUUUGUUUCAGUUUUCAAAUACUUCAUGUAAUAGAAUUUAUUACAAAAGUUUGAAAAAUAUUUUAAAAUAAAUGUUCCAUAUUGCAUUUUAAUUCGGAAGUAUGCAGUAUAUUAUGGUUUUACAAUUGUAGGCUAUACUUUGUUACAUAUGAGGUACAAGUAGAGAAAAGAGUGACAUGGUUUCUAUGCAGAACAGCUGAGUCACAAAUUUCAAUUUUCCGUUGUCCAUCAUAUUUCAGCUCUCAUGUUGGGCAUGUGGCCAAGUGGUUAAGGCGUUCGUCUAGUUAUCUCAAGGUUGCUAGUUCGGGCCUCAACUGUGGCAGCGUGUUUGUGCCCUUGAGCAAGGUACUUAACCACACAUUGCUCUAGUGUCUGUGUGAGGAGUGGCGCCCCACACAGACUUCCAAUCUGCACCUUGUAAGGCAUGAAAAUGCCCGACGCAGGCCUCUCAUGGUCUGAGUCGACGUUCCCUCCCUCUCUCCCUAUAAGAUCAAGACAGGGAUCUGCUUUAGAUUGCACUCACUUGUUUGGAUUGGCCAAAAAUUGCAAUAGGUGAGAGUUGUGGGUAAAUGCAAAAGUGUUACUAAGGCCUUUUCAAAUCCAUGUUAGGUAUCAGAGAAUGUUCAAGGGCAUACCUAACCAAUGAGAAGUUCUGAAACACAGAUUUCAGGGAAAGUCCAAAGAUAAGGCUGAAAUGCUAAAAGAUUACUUUGCUUCAAAAGCAACACAAAAAUCAGUCCAGAUGAAGGGAUUCAUCCCAAAAUGUUGUGUGUCCAUUUCCUUCCAUAGAUGCUGCCUGACCCCUUAGUUUUUCCAGAACUUUUUGAGUUGCUCCAGAUUCCAGCAUCUGUUGUCUCUUGUGUCUGCAUUUUGCUUCAAAAGUCCUCACUUGAAUUAGGAUACUGUAAAUAAAUCAGGCUGCAGGGUGUCAUGUUACUUAUCCUAGAGUAAUUAAAAAUUUAGUCCUUUAAUAUUUGAUUUAUCUAGCAUUUGACCUGUAUAUUUAAUCACUAGUCUUCACCUUUAGAUGAGAUGUUAAAGAUCCAUCUGCUCUCCCUCAGCAAUUAUUCAAGGCAUUUAUUCCCUGUGCUCUGGUUUAUAUUUAUUGCGUAAUCAAAGUUACCUAAAAGGGGUAGAAAGUCAGGUCACAAUCAUGUUGUCAUUUAUGGGAGCCUAUUAUGGACAUAUGAGUUCAUUUUUCCUCCUUAUGAAAAGUACCCAAAACUUGUAAUAUAUUUAAAUUUUCCUAAGAUUAUAAAAAGCAAAAAUUUGCCACCUAUUUAAUCCAGAAUUAUCAACUAGAAAUAAUUCCAUUACACCCCUGAAUGCAGUUUGAAGAUAGUUGGAAUUACUUGGGGAAGGAUGUCUGUAUAAUUAAGCAACACACAUCAAAGUUGCUGGUGAACGCAGCAGGCCAGGCAGCAUCUAUAGGAAGAGGCGCAGUCGACGUUUCAGGCCGAGACCCUUCGUCAGGACUUCGUCUGUAUAAUUAAGUUGUUUUCUGCAUUCCCUCCUCUACUUAAAGAUGUUGAUAGUUGAGGAUUGGUCAAGGAGAAGUGGUUGGUCUUUGUGUGGCACCAUUUUUACUUGCCCCCUAGCAGCACAGGGCUGAAUGUUGUCUUGGUGAAUGCAAUCACAGGGUCUUCGAUUAUUUGAGUGUUUCUAAAUGACACUGUACAUUAUGGAGUUUUUGAGUCAACUAAAGAUGGAUGGACCUGUGAUGCUGGCUUGAAGAUUGUCUGAUGAUAUUUUGAGGGUUAUUAAUCCUCUUACAUACAACUAUAUACUUUUGUGCAAGUUAAAAUUGCAGCCAGUGGAGAGCUUUGCCCUGAUUCCCCUUGAGUUCAAAUUUGCUGAGGCUCCAAGAUGUUUGAUGUCAUGGACAAUUACUCUCAACUCUAUUUUUUGUGUGUCUCUGAACCAAAUCUGUGUUAAGGUAUGUGUCUAAAUGGUCCUGGCAGAGAUUAAGCUGAGAAUAAUUUCUGAGUGUAAAUGAUCAGUUAUUAAUGUCACCUAAGGCAGUAUCACUCAUUGCUUUGUUAACAGCUGGUAAUUAACUGAAAAUAGAUUGAAAAUGGGCAGCAAGUAGUCAAAAUGGAAUCGAGGUGCUCUUUGUGGACAGUUUCUGAUAUUAGAAUCAGAAUCAGGUUUACUAUCGGCGGCAUGUGACAUGAAAUUUGUUAACUUAGCAGCAGCAUUCAAUGCAGUUUGCUGUAAUGUACCUGCUCUGAAAUCACUUUUGGUUAAGGAUCAGCUAAUGAAGAGAUGUAAAUCUUUGGCAUUUGUGCUUGGACAUUAUUACAAUCCAUAGUUCAUGCAAAGGCCUUUGACCUACAGCAUCCUCCAUUGGUGCUAACGUCUAACAGAAGUUAGAUCCUUGUUAGGGACUUUCCCGGGCCCACAAGUAUUUACUCAUCUGGCCUGGACACAAGGUGAUCCCGGCCCAUGUCAGAUCAAAGGGAAGUAAGAAAAGGAACUUAGAGAUAAUGUAUCAAAGUCCAGGGCAUGAGUAAGUGAAAGGAGAGGCAGUGGAAAGUGCUUGUAAAUAAAAACAGGUAAACAGGAGGAAGUACAAGAGACAGCACUUGUAGCUAAUGAGCAGGAGUGCAAAUAGUAUGAACAGUCUGAAGUGAAUAGUCAAACGAUGAAUUUGUCUUAUGAAUGCUUAGAUAAUCAAAUUUGCCUCCAUGCUAUUCAGCCCAUAAGGCGAUGAACCAAGAUCUGUACUACCUUAGAAUUAGAGGAAUAGAAUUAUUGAUUUAGGAAGGCUAAUAUAUUAUCAUGUAACGUCUACUAUUGUGACUAAAGUCCCGCAUUAAGUCCUGCUUUUAGAGCAGCUGUUCUCUGAAAUGAUUUUGUUAUUGGAUGUUACCAUAUAUGGUUCUUUACUAGCAGACACUUAAGAAAAUAAGUAACCUAAAUGUCACAAGUGAAACUAAUUGAAAAGAUGACAUAGUUUAGAAAAUAAUUGCACAUUGAUCUAUAAUUGCUAUUUGUGAUUUUCAAAUAUCUUCUUUAUUCUCGUAUAAAAUUGUACUAUGAUAUUGUAUAAUUCAAUCAUAAUCUUUUAAUGAUCACUUAUCUGAAUACCUUUGACUUUUAAUGCAUUGCUAGUUUUAUUGCAUUUCAUUACCAGUUAUAGCACAUUGUAAUAUUAUGAUGACAAAAUGUAAUAAAUGAG